AUGGACCCCAACGCACUUUUCAGAGUCGAUGGCAUCGUGGCCGUCAUCACCGGCGGAGGCACUGGCAUCGGCCUCACGAUGGCCAGGGCCCUCAUCAACCAAGGCGCCGCCAAAGUAUACAUCCUCGGGCGUCGUAUUGAGGUGCUUGAAACAGCAGCCAAGGAGCACCCGAACCUGAUCCCGCACCGGUGUGACGUUACCUCAAAGGAAGACCUCCAGGCCAUCGUCGACCGCGUCACCAAGGAAGUCGGGUACGUCAACCUCGUCGUCGCCAACUCCGGCAUUCUCGGUCCUUCGGUCCGGUACAACCCGUCCCAUUCGGUUUCGGAGUUGCGGAAGACUCUGUUCACCGACUUCUCCAUGGAGGAGAUGACUGAGGUCCUGAAUGUCAACAUCACAGCCGCCUUCUUUACCAUGUCGGCCUUCCUCGAGCUCCUCGAUGCCGGGAACAAGAAUGCGCUCAAAGGCGGCUUCGGCAGGCCUGACAAGGACGGUAGCGACGUCGUCACCAUCCAAAGCCAGGUCAUCUUCACCAGCAGCAUUUCCGCUUUCAGCCGACAUUAUGCUUCCACGCCUCCCUACCUGGCCAGCAAGACCGCGAUCAUGCAACUUACCAAGCAGGCCAGCAGCCAGCUGGGUAGACACGGCAUCCGUGCCAACGGCAUGGCUCCCGGAUUGUUUCCUUCCGAUAUUGCUGCGGGAUUGAUUGGCGACCGUAAGCCCGAGAAUGAGGGGCCUGACGACGCAAGGUUUAUUCCUGCUAGGAGGUUCGGCGGUGACGAGGAGAUGACUGGGGCAAUUCUGUACCUUGCCAGCCGGUCGGGAAGCUACUGCAAUGGCUCGAUCCUGGUCACAGACGGUGGUCGCUUGAGUCUCAUGCCUGGCACUUACUAG